AUGGCCUCCACCCACGGCGACUUGCUGGCGCAAAUUCUGAAACAGGAUGCCUUGCAAUACACAUCCUCUCGUCCGGUUUACUUGAGCAGUGUUGAAGUCACCGGCGGUGACUAUCUUCUGAGGCAGUUUUUCGCCAAACUAUUAUCUCCAUUGGUUGACCAGAGCGACUACACCUUGGGUCAAUUGUUACAUAUUGUGGACCAAAGCCAGGACAAUUUGCUCAAAACCAAUGUCUUCAGAUCCGUCAAGCCUUCGUUGCAUGUGGACUACUUGCGUUCUGUUCCUCAGUCCUCAAAGAGCUACAAUAUAGAGAAGCUGAUCCCCACCAAGGUGAUCUUUGACUUGGAUGGUGCUCCAUCUGUUGGCGGAGAUGCUGCCUUGGGCUUCAAUACCGAGGACAACUUGGAGGUGGAUUUGGGCUACUUGAACAACAACUUCAACCAUAACGCGGAGCUCAUCAAUGUAGGUGUCAACUACAGACCAUACAAGCCCUCCGAACAUCUUCUCUCCUCCUUGAGAUUUGUUUCCAACCUACGCGACCCAACCUAUAGAUUUGUGCUUGAUUUGUACCACUCCCAGAGCAACAACCAGGCCUGGCAAUUGAACUCUCUUAAGAGAACUGGAGGUACAAUUGGUGUGUCUUAUGCGAACCGUGACAACCUGCUUUCGGCUUUCACGGGAUUGGCCUUGACCAAAAGAACAGCUUACGAUAUCGAUGAUGGUGCUGCCGAUUCAGUCAAGUACUUUGCUGGUAACUUCCUCAAGCUGUCCAUUGUGAACCGUUUGGCCUACAACAACCUUUCCUACUACAACGACAAGACCAAGGUGUAUCCUCAAGACGGAUUCUCUGCCUUCUUGUCGAACGAGAUCAGCUCUGACCAAGAACAAGAGGAAGGUGCACUGGGGCUGGCCUUCUUUGUGAAGCUGAUCUUCUCCCUCAACUUGUACAAGUCAUUUUUCAAAAAUGCCAUCACCGCACACGUCUUCAAUGAGGCCGGAAACAUCUAUCUUUCGGGUUCGGAUGGCUCCAAACUGCUCCACUUGGCUGACAAGUUCUACUUGGGUGGUUACAAGACAUUCAAGGGUUUUGCCAGAAACAGCGUGAACACCGAAGGUGGUCUGCAAUUCUACAAAACUGGCCUUACCCUUUAUAGUAAGCUUCCACUGCUUGUGCAGCGCAAGAAAACCGAGGGCAGCCCCCUUCGUCUCUACGCCACGGGUAUUGUUGGAAAUGUCGGAGAGGAUGUUUUGGCCACUAGCACAGGUGCAGCAUUGAGUGGCGGUGUUGGCCUUAAGUAUUUCAACGAGUGGGUGAACUUUGACAUUGGAUACUUUGUCUCACAAAGAUAUCGUACCUCUGACGUUGCUGGUGUGAGAGACGGAUUCCAGAUGGAGCUUUCCAUUGGUGGUACCAACAGAACGUGA